AUGCCAUCUCAAAUGGAACACGCCAUGGAAACCAUGAUGUUCACGUUUCACAGGUUUGCUGGGGAUAAAGGCUACUUAACAAAGGAGGACCUGAGAGUACUCAUGGAUAAGGAGUUCCCUGGAUUUUUGGAAAAUCAAAAAGACCCUCUGGCUGUGGACAAAAUAAUGAAGGACCUGGACCAGUGCCGAGACGGCAAAGUGGGCUUCCAGAGCUGCUUCUCGCUAAUUGCUGGGCUCACCAUCACAUGCAAUGACUAUUUUGAAAUACACAUGAAGCAGAAGGGAAAGAAGUAG